AUGUGUGAGACUUCACUCACCUGUGCUCGAGAACAGUUGCUUCCACUAGCCCGUGAUCAUUUGCUUCCAUUAAUAAAGGAAGCAGUCAACAUGAUUAGGGGUGUCCCUAAAGAAAUUGCUGAAAUGAAAGAUGAACUUGAACGCAUUGAAGACUUCAUCUACGAAGCAGAUAGAAUGGCUGAUUCACAGAAAGACAAUACUAAGCACGAAAUCAAAGCAAUGAUCAAACAGUUGAUAGAAGCUUCUUUUUACAUACAAGAUGUCAUUGAUGAAUACUUGAUCCGUGAGGAGCAACAACUUCCAGAUCCUGGAUGUGCUGCUGUUGCUAACUAUUGUGCUAACUAUGUCAAAACCAAGAUUCUGCGUCUCCACAUAGCCUACAAGAUUCAAAACAUCAAAUCCCGGAUCGCUGAAAUAAAAGAUACAUUCCAAAUCCAUUCUUUUUGGGAAAUAGGAUCAAGCAGCUCUUCAGAAAGUCCAAAUGCCACGUUAUUGCAAAACCUUCGGGAGGCUCCUUUUUACAUGGAUGGAGCUGAUGUUGUAGGCUUUGAUGAGCCAAGACAGAUACUGAUUGAUUGGUUGGUAAAGGGAAGAGCAGAGCGCACAGCCGUCUGCCUUGUUGGAAUGGGAGGACAGGGUAAAACCACUCUUGCCAAACAAGUUUUUGACAACACAAAGGUCGUUAAUCACUUUGACUGUCAUGCCUGGAUUAUAGUAUCUCAAUCAUACAAUAUUGAAAAAUUGUUGAGGGACAUUUUGUGCCAGUUUUACAAACAACAAAGACUCGAUCCUGAUCAACGUAUUCAUCAAAUGGAUCGAAAAUCAUUAGUUGAUGAAGUGAGAGACUACUUGCUGAGAAAAAGGUAUGUUGUUGUGUUUGAUGAUGUAUGGAACAUUAAUUUUUGGGAUGAUAUUGAAUUUGCUAUGAUUGAUAAAAAAAAUGGUUCUAAGGUAUUAAUCACAACAAGGAAUAUGGAUGUUGCAAAUGCUUGUAAGACAUCUUCUUUUGUUGAAGUGCUUCAGCUGAAAAGUUUAACUAAAGAACAAUCUUUAGAAUUGUUCAAUAAGAAGGCAUUCCAUGAUUUGAACGGAUAUUGUCCUGAAAAUCUUAUGGACAUAUCUUCUAAAAUUAUUGAAAAAUGCAAUGGAUUACCACUAGCAAUUGUAGUCAUUGGUGGUCUUUUGUCUCAGAAAGAUAGAAAUAAAUUUGAAUGGGAUAGGUUUAUUGAACAUGUGAAUUCAGAGUUGAAUAAGGAUUCUCGGAUAAAUCGUAUUUUAGCAUUAAGUUACCAUGAUUUGCCUUACAAUCUUAAGCCAUGUUUGUUAUAUUUUGGAAUGUAUCCUGAAGACUACACAGUUGGCGCAAAAAUGUUGAUUAAUCAAUGGAUAGCUGAAGGGUUUGUGAAAGAGGAUAAGGUACAAACUUUAGAACAAGUUGCAGAAGGAUAUUUAAUAGAGUUGAUCCAUAGAAGUUUAGUGCAAGUAGUUUUUAUGGGUGUUGAUGGUAGACCAAAACUUUGUUGUGUUCAUGAUCUAGUGCAUGCAAUGAUCCUUGAAAAAUGCAAGGACUUAAGUUUUUGUAAGAAUAUUAGUGGGGAUGGUGAGUUGUCUAUUCUUCAAUAG